AUGAGGCCUGUGCUCCAGUACCUGGGCUGCUUCUUCGCCUUCUUCUCUCUGGGGUUUCUCAUUGUGGCCACCUGGACGGAUUGCUGGAUGGUCAACGCCGAUGACUCCCUGGAGUCGAACAGGGGUGACUAUACACCUUCCGUGAAGCUGGUCCUGACCCGGGUUCUGCUGAUCACCGCUGACCUUCUGGCUGGCCUUGGAUUCGUGUUUCUUCUCCUUGGCCUGGACUGUGUGAAGUUCCUCCUGGAUGAACCAGGGAUCAAAAACCGCAUCUGCUUCCUCUCUGGCUUGGUGCUCUUAACAGGAG